AUGACAUCUGUAAUAAGAGGUGCCGUUCAACACAUUCAAAAGAGCUGUGUCAACGCUGUUCAUAGUCCAUGUUCUAAUCAUGCUUUAAAUUUGUCAAUCUCAAAAUCCUCCAAUGUACAACUAGUAAGAAAUAGCAUGGGCAUCAUCAAAGAAGUUUUAUCAUUUUUUAAUUUAUCUUCGAAACGCAAUUUUAUUUUGAAAAAUAAUCUCAGAGGUCAAAAACGAUCAAUUACUUCUUUAUGUGAGACUAGAUGGAUUGAGCGGCACGAUAGUAUAUUUGAAUUUCAAACAAACCUGAAAGAAAUAGUUGAUAGUCUUAUAAAUAUUUCAGAAUGGGACGACCAUGUUUCAUCAUCAAAAGCCAAAACUUUGAUUUUUUCUAUAUGUAAUUGUGAGUUUAUUGUGACAUUAUUUACUGUUACAAGUAUAUUAAGCAUUACUUCAGCGGCUAGUAAAUUAUUACAAAGUGUGACACAAGAUGUUGCUUCUGCCACUAAUUGUAUAAAUGACAUUAUAAAGACCCUAAAUGACAAACGCACUAAUUGUGAUGUGCAAUUUAAAAAAGUAUUUGAAGAAAGUAAAAAUGUAAUGACUGAGUUAGAUGUAGAAAUUAAGCAACCAAGAAUUGUAAAAAAACAAAAUCAAAGGUGUAAUACACCAGCCAAUUCUAUUGAAGAAUAUUACCGUAGAAUAUUAUUCAUACCUAUUAUUGAUAAUGUGUUAGAAGAUAUCAGAUACCGUUUCUUGAAUGACAAAAACAAAACAAUUUCCUUGCUAAUGCAACUCAUUCCAUCAAACACAAUUAAAAUGUCUUCAGAAACUAGUGAUGAAUUAAUUCAAACAGUCGGUGACCAGUAUGCAUUCCUUAAUUUUAAUACAUUCAUGUUCAGAGGUGAAUUAGAAUUAUGGAAGACUAAAUGGACCACACAAAAGAAUGAAGGAUUAAAUAUUCCAAAUGAAGUGUUUUCUGCUUUUGAUGAAUGUUCUAACAUAUUUUUCCCAAGUAUAAAAAAACUAUUAUUGGUCUUAGGUACACUUCCUGUCAGCGUUGCUACUGCAGAGCGUAGUUUUUCUACUCUUAGAAGGUUGAAAACUUGGAUAAGAAGUGAAAUGGGCCAAAGUAGAUUAACGGGUUUGGCGCUUUUGCAUAUACACAGGCAGCUUCCGUUAAACGUAGACAAGAUAAUAGACCGCUUUGCUAAGAAUAAAAGAUGUUUAGAUUUUGUUAUAUAA